CGAAGGCGAACGGCUGUGCCUGCCUAAUCCGCUUGCAUGCCUUAGGCGCCGAUCUGCAUAGUGCAUGGUCCCUGCAUUCGCCCCGCGAUCUGCCUGCUCCAUCGAGCCUCGGACGAACUUUUCCAGGUGGUAGUCAUCUUGCAUUUUUGAAGGGCGUGUCUCGCCUCAUUGAACUACUCUUGCAUAUCCAUUUCAUUGCAACCAGUUCAAGUCCAACAGCAACGCCGCAAUCCAUACCGCACUCUAGUAUCUCCACAGUAUGGCAACCAAUGGCAGCUCUGCUGAACGGCCAUCUGCCUUCCGGUCACAGUCCAAUCGUGCAGUCAAUGGCAACGAUACUGCACCUCAAGUAGCAAAAAAGUCUUCAUCCAGCAUGACAGCCAACGACCCCCAAUCCUCUUUCGCCGUCAAGGCAGGCCUAGCACAAAUGCUCAAGGGCGGCGUGAUCAUGGACGUAGUCAACGCAGAGCAAGCCCGCAUAGCCGAAGAAGCCGGUGCCUGCGCCGUCAUGGCACUGGAGCGAGUACCUGCGGACAUCAGAGCCCAAGGCGGCGUGGCGCGGAUGAGCGACCCAGCCAUGGUACAGGACAUCAUGCGUGCGGUUACGAUUCCGGUCAUGGCCAAGGCGCGGAUAGGACAUUUUGUUGAGUGUCAGAUUCUGCAGGCGAUCGGUGUGGACUACAUAGACGAGAGUGAGGUUUUGACGCCGGCGGAUCCGGUUAAUCACGUGGACAAGAACCAGUUCAAUACACCGUUCGUGUGUGGGUGCAGAAACUUGGGAGAGGCGUUGCGAAGGAUAAGCGAGGGCGCUGCUAUGAUCAGGACAAAGGGUGAGGCCGGCACGGGAGAUGUUGUGGAGGCUGUGAGGCACAUGGGGACGGUUAAUGCCGAAAUUGCGAAGGCGUCGUCAGCUUCAGAUGCAGACCUUCGACAGAUGGCACGACAGCUGGAGUGCGACUACGCCUUAUUGAAGGAGACAGCACGGCUAAAGAGACUACCGGUUGUCAACUUCGCUGCAGGCGGGAUUGCCACACCCGCAGAUGCCGCGCUCAUGAUGCAAAUGGGUUGUGAUGGCGUCUUUGUGGGCUCGGGAAUCUUCAAGAGCGGAGACGCAGCCAGGCGGGCGAAAGCAAUUGUGCAGGCAACGACGCAUUACAACGAUCCGCAGGUGCUUGCCGAUGUGAGCAUGGGGCUCGGUGAAGCUAUGGUAGGCAUUAACGUGUCCGGUAUGGGUGAAAACGACAAACUGGCGAAGAGAGGGUGGUGAUCACGCCGGCAGAGUGGCGGUAUUUGUAUGCAUAGCGAGAGGCGCUACAAAUCCAGCAAUGGCGUUGUUGUAGAUGUGCGUCGUCAUGUUUAACGUAUGCUUGGCGCCAAAUCUCGGUCAUCGUGUUUUACUUUUGCUUCGCUCAGGCAAGCUGUCAUUUUUGCCAACCUUCCCCCGUCGAACACGAGGCUGCCUAUAGUCGUCUGCGCGAUGCUACUCGGCCGAGUACGACCUGAACAAUGGCAUUCAUAGGCUCGGCGCUUACUGCACAAUCAAUUGAUCCGCCACCGUGCUGCCGGAAUGCUAUCGGCAUCGUCCGGCAUUGUCCGGCGGUCUAGCAAAGAGCGGAUGAGAAACCAGGAUCCGGCAACGAAGAAGCGACAAG